GCUGAAUACCUGUAUUACGUCCCCUGCUGCCUUCUCACCUGCCGCUUUGUGUUUGUGUCCCCAUACGUGACACUGUGACUUCCUAUACACACACUUUCUUGUCCAACGGUAACUCAUUCGGCGUCCAUUGAUAACUCCGAAAACGUCGUGUGUGUAAAAUGGCUGUAUUCUAUUGGAUCGUAAGCGUAAUACUGGUACUUUGUUACACCGGAACUGAAGGGCUGGAAUGUUAUAAAUGCAGUCACAUGAUCAUUACGUCGAAUCUGACGUACCCGGAUGACGAGGUCAUACGCCAGCUGGCUCCCGGAUUGACCAACACAAAGUGCAGGCGAUCAGACAGUAAUUAUGUCCAGACACAGAACCAACAGGACGUUAACAACAAUGCCAAUUGGAACACAGGAAGUCAGUCUGGAAUCCUCUUCCCGAACACGUGCAAUGUUGCCAGGCCCGGUUCAAGCAAGGUCGUGAAAUGCGGCGUAUGGGAGGGCGAUGUAUAUGCCACAGUGUUCAAUACUAAAGCCCUUGUAUUGGCAUCUUUCGCCUUCGGGUGUGCUGAGGUAGACGACUAUAUGACAGAAGGGUGCUAUAGUCAAACUGGAGAGGAAGCUGAUAAGGUUUUCUUCCGCACUGUUUUGCAGGGAUCCUUCCGCGACAACGUGAACGUCAACAACUUCCGUGGACGAUUUUGUCUGACUAAGGACGCCGCUUCCCAGUUAGUCUCCGGAGGAAACACUGUUAAAGUGACUAGUAUCUUCUCUCUUUUGGUUGCGUCCAUCCUGACGUUUUUUCUGACUAAAAUGUUUUAAUAGUGUUUAAACUACACAUGUAUGAUUGGUUGUGACAAGAACCUUAUAUUUUGUGAACAAGAUUGCAAUAAUUGGAUUGAACGUUCUAUCCCUGUUCUUGAGAGAAAUGCUUUUGUCAGUGAGUGUUAUUCUUGAACGGAAGAGUUAUAAUUAUGUUUUUUUAACAAUUGUGUGAUUGAUGUGAGGACAAGUUUAUGAUUGUACGAAACAGAUUGAUAGAUGUCAAAAUGUUUCUCCUUGUAUUCAACUGGUGUGUGGGCAUUGUUUUCCACACAUAGUGAGCCUUACUGGUGUGUGGGCAUUGUACUCCACACAUAGUUAGCCUUACUGGAGUGUGGGCAUUGUACUCGACACAUAGUGAGACUUACUGGUGUGUGGGCAUUGUACGCGAAACAUAGUGAGACUUACUGGCGUGUGGGCAUUGUACGCGAAACAUAGUGAGACUUACUGGAGUGUGGGCAUUGUAUUCGACACAUAGUGAGACUUACUGGAGUGUGGGCAUUGUACGCGAAACAUAGUGAGACUUACUGGUGGGU